AUGAGUUGUGAGGAGGGAGCAACGAAGAAAAAGGCCGCCACAACUCGGCCGCCGUCUUUCAUGCUCGAGACGCGCGUCAUACCGGCGCUGUACUACGUGGUUACCAAGUACCGCCACCCGUCAGUGCGAUGUGCUGCCUUGGACUCGUGCCCUGGAGGACGGAGAGCUGGCCGACCCGGCGGCUUUGGGCUGUUUACGGCAGCACAGAAGCAACCAGACACAGAGGCGCCCAUUAACAUGCAGACGAAGCGUAUCACAGUCGAAGAAUAG